AUGACGCCAACCCCCUCUCCUGUUGUAAUAGUACCGGUAAAUCAUGUUGUUUCCAAGGAAAAUCUUGUCAGAAAUCCUAAAAAAUGGUGGGUGGACACUGGUGCUACUCGCCAUAUUUGUGCCGACAAAAAGAUAUUCACAUCUUAUUCUACAGUGGACAAUGGUGAACAACUUUUUAUGGGAAACUCCUCAACUUUCAAAGUUGAAGGACAAGGAAAUAUUGUACUCAAGAUGACAUCAGAAAAGGAACUCACUCUCAACAAUGAGCUGCAUGUACCGAAUAUUCGCAAGAAUCUUGUUUAUGGAUCUCUGUUGAGUAAGAAUGGGUUUAGACUAGAUGAAGCUUUGAAAACUUUCAUUCAAUAUAAGAAUGAAGUUGAAAAUCAACUUGGUAAGAAAAUCAAGAAACUUAGAAGUGAUAGAGGUGGUGAAUAUGAAUCACCUUUUGGUGAAUUUUGUAAA